GAGAAGGAGGAGGAGGAAAAGGACUGAAGUGGGAUUUGGUUGGUGGGCAGAAAAGCCCGAUGGGUCAGAAGAGCCAUAAAGACUCCCUUUACCCUUGUGAGGGGACUUCUGUGAGCAGCCUCCAUGAGGCCCUGGACCAGUGCAUGAUCGCCCUGGACCUCUUCCUCACCAACCAGUUCUCAGAAGCACUCAGCUACCUCAAGCCCAGAACCAAGGAGAGCAUGUACCACUCGCUGACAUAUGCCACCAUCCUGGAGAUGCAGGCCAUGAUGACAUUUGACCCUCAGGACAUCCUGCUUGCUGGCAACAUGAUGAAGGAGGCACAGACGCUGUGUCAGAGGCACCGGAAGAAGUCCUCUGUAACAGAUUCCUUUAGCAACCUGGUGCACCGCCCCACCAUGGACCAAUUCACAGAAGAGGAAAUCCAUGCUGAAGUCUGCUAUGCAGAGUGCCUGCUGCAGAGAGCAGCUCUGACCUUCCUGCAGGACGAGAACAUGGUGAGCUUCAUCAAGGGCGGCAUCAAAGUUCGAAACAGCUACCAGACCUACAAGGAGCUGGACAGCCUUGUGCAGUCCUCACAGUACUGUAAGGGAGAGAACCACAGGCACUUCGAAGGGGGCGUGAAGCUCGGCGUGGGAGCCUUCAACCUGACGCUGUCCAUGCUUCCUACCAGGAUCCUGAGGCUGCUGGAGUUUGUGGGGUUUUCAGGAAACAAGGACUAUGGGCUGCUGCAGCUGGAGGAGGGCGCAUCUGGGCACAGCUUCCGUGCUGUGCUCUGUGUCAUGCUUCUGCUCUGCUACCACACCUUCCUCACCUUUGUGCUCGGUACCGGGAAUGUCAACAUCGAGGAGGCAGAGAAGCUCCUGAAGCCCUACCUGAAGCGAUAUCCUAAGGGUGCCAUCUUCCUGUUCUUUGCCGGGCGGAUUGAAGCCAUUAAAGGCAAUGUUGAUACAGCCAUCCAGCGGUUCGAGGAGUGCUGUGAGGCCCAACAGCACUGGAAGCAGUUCCACCACAUGUGCUACUGGGAGCUGAUGUGGUGCUUCACCUACAAAGGCCAGUGGAAGAUGGCCUACUUCUAUGCCGACCUGCUCAGCAAGGAGAACUCCUGGUCCAAGGCCACCUAUAUCUACAUGAAGGCCGCCUACCUCAGCAUGUUUGGAAAGGAGGAUUACAAGCCUUUCGGAGAUGACGAAGUCGAGUUGUUUAGAGCAGUGCCAGGCUUGAAGCUCAAGAUUGCUGGGAAAUCUCUACCUACAGAGAAGUUUGCCAUCCGGAAGUCUAGACGCUACCUCUCUCCCAAACCAAUCUCGUUGCCAAUCCCUGCUCUGGAAAUGAUGUACAUUUGGAAUGGCUAUGCUGUGAUUGGGAAGCAGCCUGAACUCACAGAUGGGAUACUUGAGAUUAUCACCAAAGCUGAAGAGACGCUGGAAAAGGGCCCAGAGAAUGAGUACUCAGUGGAUGAUGAGUGCUUGGUGAAGUUGCUGAAAGGCCUCUGUCUGAAAUACCUAGGCCGUGUUCAGGAGGCUGAGGAGAAUUUCAGGAGCAUCUCUUCCAAUGAAAAGAAGAUUAAGUAUGACCACUACUUGAUCCCAAACGCUCUGCUGGAGCUGGCCCUGCUGUUCAUGGAGCAAGGCAGAAACGAAGAGGCUGUCAAACUCUUGGAAACUGCCAAGCAAAAUUACAAGAAUUACUCCAUGGAGUCAAGGACACAUUUUCGAAUACAGGCAGCCAUACUCCAGGCCAAGUCUUCCCUAGAGAAUGGCAACAGAUCCAUGGUCUCAUCAGUGUCCUUAUAGUUGUAUGCAGCACUCCCAGGCUGGAAGACAGAGAAAGCUGGACAGAGCUCCUGGAAACAUUUCGAAAAGACUCCCUCCCCCUGCCCUGCCUUCGGGGCCCACCGGUGCUCCCGUGGGAUGGCACAACAUUCGUAUUCAUGCAGAAGAUAAGCUGGCAUUUUCACCAGUGUGGCCAAGGGCCUUUACCAAGGACAGAGUAGGUGGAGCCCUCUGCCUACCCUAUCACACAUACGGGUACUUGUUUUUCACUGUGAUGUUAAAAAGAAUGUAUGAACAGUUUACAUUUGCCAUAGAAAUACAUUAAUGGGAUCACAGUUGGCUUAAAAAAUGAAAAAAACCAACCACCUGCAAAUCUGUUUUAGCCCAUUCUAAUCUGGAGGUAAAUCUAUGAUAUCCACGACCAAAUUGCUUUUCAAAAUUCAGCAAGGUCUCAGCUUCCAAGGCUGAAAGGACCCUUAGGAGGGUGGUCUGUACCUCAAAAGUUUCAAGGCUUCUGAGGGUUGGGCAUAGAGGUUGCACACAGACACCCACUACCUUACUACUUACACUUCAUUUUCACUCCUUAGUAACUCUCUAAAAUGAAAAUUCUCACUAAAAAAAUGAAAAUUGUCUCACUAAAAAGACAUGUGAGUCCAUCUGUAGAGGACAAAAAUAUUAAUCUUCAGUAAGAAAUAGGGGUUGCCCAGAUGGGAUGGAAGGAGAGCUGUGUGGCCCUUCUGUUGGGGGAGGUUCUCAGACAUGAGUCUGCAUCCUCAAUGUACGCCAAACUGAAACAACUGGGAAUAAUCUACCAAACAAAAAUUUCUUAGAAUGGUUAUUCUUGACCUGUUGUAUAUGUUUUAAAUUUUUUUAGUUAAGAGAAAAAAUAUUUAAGUAUUAAGAGAUCAUGCAAUAUCUAUUUCAGUAAAAUAUGUUGCUCGAAUUCUUGGGCAAGGCAGAAAGUCUUCACAAGAAGCCAUGUGGCCCAGGUCUGUUUUAUUUAAACAACAUGUCUAAAAUGUUUUUAGAAUAAGUUACUAAAAUUUAAAAAUGGGGAGAUUUCACUAAAA